CAGCGAACAACAUAGCCACAAUUAAUCUGAGCAUUAUAUGAAGAAGAAGUAGAGUACCGAAAGCAGUAGUUCGUGGCUAAAUAGGCUUGACAAUUUAAAAUCCUCUCUAUCAAAAUGCUUCCUUUGUCUCUGCUGAAGACUGCCCAGAACCAUCCAAUGCUGGUGGAGCUGAAGAAUGGAGAGACGUAUAACGGUCACCUGGUCAGCUGUGACAACUGGAUGAACAUCAACUUGAGAGAAGUCAUUUGUACCUCUCGGGAUGGUGACAAGUUCUGGAGGAUGCCCGAGUGCUACAUCCGAGGAAGCACCAUCAAGUAUCUGCGAAUCCCAGACGAGAUCAUCGACAUGGUGAAGGAGGAGGUGGUGUCGAAGGGGCGAGGAAGGGGAGGCGCCCAGCAGAACAAACAGCAGGGCAAAGGAAGAGGAGGAGCAGGCCGAGGUGUGUUUGGGGGUCGAGGUCGAGGAAUGAGUGGUGCUGGACGAGGUCAGCAGCAGCAGGAUAAGAAACCGGGAAAACCACAGGGGAUGAAGAACCAGCACUAACACGUUGGGCUGUAAAAAAAAAACACACACACACACACACACAACUUCCUCAGCACUCAAGUACACGACUAACACUCAAAUGGUCAAGAUGUUCUGUCCUGUUUUUAGCUUAGAUGGUAUUUGCAUUUUUUAUUAUUACAGUAACCUUAUCCAAGUAUGUCAAAUUCAGUUGGUAGGCUGUUUAUUAUUCAAAUAUAUUGCAAAAAGGUUUUGUGUCUCGAUACACAUGAAUGAGAUGUUCUGUCAUGUGGUACACUGGAAUAAGGUUUUUAGUUUCUGUUUGCUGACCGUUCCUAGCUUGUCUCUUUGAGUGUAGUUUUCAAGGCACAGAGCUGCCUGUGCCCAACUUUGAAGUUUCUUUCAUCCCGCCCCAACUCAGCCCUUUAUUGUUCUAUUUUUUGACAUUUUGUUUGCAGCCCCUUUAGUGGAGGUGGAGCAGCAGUCUUUUUUUUUCAGUAACACUUUUUUUCAGGCAUGUGUGACAGUAGGAAAGAAAAGAAAAAAGAUAGGCCUCGUAAGGGUGCAAGGCCAACGUGUGUUAUGAUGGUUUGGUUCUUUCUUUUUUUUAUGAUGAGAGAUGCUGUAAUUUAUGUACAUGAGCACACGGGAAUAAAGGAGCUUUUUGUUUAAAAGUGCUGCGUUUGUCUUUAAAGCAAGAUGUCAAAGAAAAUGUAAAACGGCAGCCAAUCGCCGGGCACAUAUAGACAACCAACCAUUCACACUCACAUUCAUACCUAUGGACAAUUUAGAGUCGUCAGUUAACCUAACAUUGAAUUAUGUGUUCUUCUAUUCUAACCUACGCGCAUAAUGAACAAUUUAAUAUUGUAUCAUAUUUUAUAUUUAUUUUUAUCUGUACUUUAAUAUCUUCUUUUUCCUUUAACAUUGCAUAAGUGAUAUACCAGGAGUGUCCCAAGUGCAGCCCAGGGGCGAUUAGCAAUUUUUCAAAUAAAAUUUAGCAGGAAAAAUAGAGCAAAAAGGCACAAAUGUAAAGAGAAAAAGCUGAACUGUUCAUCAUAAUAACUAGAAAUAAAAAAUAUAGAUAUAUGAGGGGUUUUUUGUCUUUAAAAAAAUAU